AAGACAGUCAGUUAUCUUCAAGUUUCCCCUCGAAUCGGUACAUCAUCUACGAAAAUGUCUGUGGCGCUGAUCAUCCUACUAGUUACGCCACUUCUGCUAAUUUUCGUCUACGUCAAGCAAAAGUACGCCUACUGGUCCCGUCAGAAUGUCCCAUUCAUGGAACCACACUUCCCGUACGGAAACUUCAAAGACCUCAACCGGAAAUCAACGGCAGACGUCUCUCAAGACGCCUACCGGCAAAUGAAAGACGUAGGGCCAUUUUACGGUGCGUACUUUUUCCUGCAACCGCUGAUCAUCGUUACCGAUGUGGAUCUGAUCAAAACAAUCUUCAUCAAGGAUUUCAAUUUCUUUCCGGAUCGUGGAGUCUACUUCAACGAACGGGACGACCCGCUGACGGCUCAUAUGUUCGCAAUCGAAGGAAACAAGUGGCGGUCGCUAAGGCAACGGCUUACCCCGACCUUCUCGUCGGGUAAGAUGAAGAUGAUGUUUCCAACGCUUGCUGCGGUGGGGGAUAACUUUUCUGAUUUUUUGGUGAAGGAGAUCGGCCAGGGUCAGGUGGUGGAAGUGAAGGACUUUAUGGCACGGUUUACAAUCGAUAUCAUUGGCAGUUGUGCGUUCGGAAUUGAGUGUAAUAGUUUCAAGGAUCCGCACGGCCGGUUCAGAGAGUUUGGCAAGAGAGUUUUCGAAACUCCGAGGAACUCACAGCUGGUACGACUUGGAUUGAUACUGUUUCCGGAGCUUGGCAGGCGCUUGCGGGUCAAAGCUCUGCAGGAUGACGCCAGUGAGUUUUUCUACGGUGUCGUGAAGGAUACGGUGGCCUAUAGGGAGAAGAAUGCGGUGGAAAGGAAGGAUUUCCUAAGUUUGCUGCUUGAUAUGAAAAAGGAUGGAGUGGAUUUCACCAUGGAUGAAAUUGCAGCGAACUCGUUUAUAUUUUUUGCGGCUGGUUUCGAGACGUCGUCAUCAAAUCAGACCUACUGCUUGUACGAGUUGGCGCUUCAUCCGGAGUAUCAGGAGAAGGCUCGGCAGUGUGUGUUGAAAGCUUUGAAGAAGCACGGAAGUAUGACGUACGAAGCUGUUUGCGAUAUGCAAUAUCUGGAUCAGUGCAUCAACGAAACUCUUCGGCUGUACCCUUCGGUUCCGGUUCUGGAACGUAGAGCUUUCCGGGACUACAAGAUUCCCGGUCACGAUUUGGUCAUUCCAAAGGGGAUGAAGGUUCAAAUUCCGGCGUUUGCUAUUCAUCGAGACGAGCGGCACUAUCCUGAUCCAGAGGUGUUCGACCCAGAUCGGUUCCAUCCGGAGGAAGUAGCCAAACGGCAUAUUUGCACGUUCUUACCAUUCGGUGAAGGUCCUCGCAUAUGCAUCGGAUUGCGCUUUGGGAUGAUGCAAUCUAGGGUGGGACUUGCUACAAUCUUGAGCAAAUUCCGCUUCAGUACAUGUUCGAAAACACUUAUCCCGUUGGAAUACUCCAGCAAAAGUUUCAUUCUUACACCGAGAGAAGGACUGUGGUUGAGAGUUGAGCCAUUGUAGAAAUCC